GAUUCAGUCGUCUAACGGAGUUCGAAGUAGCUGGGCAGAAAAGUUCUGGCGAGCUUUUGGCAAUAAAGCUGCAGCUUGCGUCUAUUAUUGUGUGUUGUUUCGUUAUUUCCCAAUUUUUUGCGUACCAAUUUCUCAUCGUCGCAGCGAGUAAACAUAAACAAGUGCGUUGAGCUAUGUGCAGUGGUGGAAACAAAUAAAAUCAAAUAAUAAUAAUAUACAUUCAUUGGAAUAGUGCACAAAGAAGAAUAGUAACAAAUAAGAAAUAAGAGCGCAAAAAAAAAAAAAAAUAAAAAAUAAAAAUAACGAUUUGCAAAUCAACAGGCAAAGCCCACUCUAAAAGUUUUCUUACAGUGUUUGUUCUCAGACACGCAAAAAAAAAGGUAGUGAAGUGUUAAACAAAAACAAAAAUAAUAAUCAUAAAAAAUUCAGCAGCAUACAUACGUACAUAUUCACACACACACACACACACACAUACAUAUGAUUGUGUGUACAUAGUAUUUGCGAAACACUUUGCAACACCUGAACAAAAGAACCGAGGUACUUAAAUGUUCCCAAGUUUAUGAAGUAAUAACGUCUUGAUUUAUAAGGCUAUACAAGGAAUAAUGCUUAAGCCAUUCGGGUUAAAAAUUAUAACGAUAUGUCUUUUAUUUACGAAUGUUAAUUCAGGUGUGCCAAUUGGAACUGGUGGCCCAUCGCAGAUAUUCGAGAACAAGGAUGGCCUGUUAACCUGCGUGGUCUCCGAGAAUGUGGCCAACAACACGGUGAUAUGGAAGAAGGGUGACGAGAUUUUAACAGCUGGCUCCGUGCGCGUCACAAAUGAUAAUCGUGUGAGAGUUUUGCAUGAUGGAAGCCCAAAGGGACGCAAUUUGGAGACCGGCGGUGAGGUCUGGGUGCUGUUGAUCAAGGACCUAAAGACAAGUGAUUCUGGUGCCUAUAUCUGCGAGUUGAACUCGGAUCCGGUGUUGCGCAGCAUACACAUAUUGACAGUCAAGGAGCUGUCGCAGGGCAACAGCACAGACACUGCAACGGCCGAGUCAAGUGACGUGUUCCUGUUGCCACCACCACUCAAUGCCCAGGACAAUCGCAGCUUCUGGCGACCGAGUCAAAGUCCGCCAGUGUUCACACAUGACUUCACCGAGUGCUGUGAGCGCGCCAAUGUGUCCACGCAGUGCAUGGGUUUUUGCAAUGUGCACAACAUCCUCGAUGGGACCACGGAUGUGGAUCCCGAGGCCUGCGAAAAGGACUUUCCCAGCAUUGUCAAGUGCAUGGCCGAUGGUCGCAAUCAUGUGCCCUGUUGCGUUGAGAAGCAAAUACCCGAUCUCUGCCAGGAUAUGUGCCGCGGCGAGUAUACCCCAUUCACUGACCGGCUAAAGACGCGUGUCUCCUGCGUGCACCACACACUGAGUGGGCUGCAGUGCAUCCUGAAGGGUGUGCAACAGAUACCCAGCAUGCCGGUUCAACUCUCGGUGGAUCAGGUGCGUGAAAAGAGUGUGAACAUCAGUUGGUCGCCGCCACAAAAGCUGGCCGAUCAGGUCAGUCAUUAUACGGUGAAUCUGACGACAUUACACAGCUUCGAUGAAGACGAGUUGAGCGGUGAGGUUAGACGAAAGUCGCUGGAGUCAACGGAACAGCAGGAAAUGGAACUGACGAAGCUCUACAAUGUGCCCGCCAAUCAGACGUAUCUCUAUCUCGACUCACUGUCGCCGCUGACCAUGUAUGCUGUCAUUCUGACUGCGGUCAACGAGUAUGGCUCCAGUUUGCCCAACGAACGUCUGCGGUUCUUUACCCAUACUAGCGCUUCGGUGGCCGAGACGCAGGCGGGCAACACCGACAAGCAGGUGAUGCCCACGCUGCCUGAUAUACGAGGUUGUUGCGAGUCGAGUGGCAUGACGCAUCGUCUGUGCAUGGACAAGAUGUGUGAUCCAGAGAAGGCGGAUCAGGCUACGCUGCCUGACCUCAUGGUCUGUGCGCCCUGGUCGAACAUUACCUUCACUUGCUUGGCCAAUAAUAUUGAUCAUACGCCGUGUUGUCGUGCCAGAGGAAUUCCAUCGGCUUGUUUCCCGCUCUGCGCUGGCAAGCUGACCUCGCUGGACUUUAGCCUAUUCAAAUGCCUGCGUUUCAUGUCCGAGUACAGCAGCUGCCUGUUUCAGGGCUACGGAGUGCUCGCUGAUCCGCCUUCGAAGCUGCGGACUGUCGCCAAAACUGACAGCUUUGUGAUACUCGACUGGAAUAAGCCGAAGCGACUGGCGGACACGGUGACCACGUUCCAUGUCAAGUUCCGUCGCCUGGGAGUCGGCGAUGACUAUCUAACGGUAGAGAAGCGUCAGCCGCCACUCAUUCUCGAAGGUCUUGAGGCGGACAUUUACUAUGAGUUCUAUGUGGUAUCAAUUAAUGCGUAUGGCAAAAGCGAACCAUCUCCACGUCUCAUUACACGCACCCUGGCCGCCGAGCUCGAUCCAACGCCGGUUGCCAAAUACAACAUGUCGACGUGUUGCCAAGCCUCUGGUCUCUUGCCACAAUGCGCUCCACUCUGCUCCUAUAACAUUCGGCUGUCGGACAUUGAAAAUCUCGGACCAACGUGUCGUGCCCAAAUGCCUAUUCUGGCACGCUGUGCAGCUGGAGGAAGAGAUCACAGUCCGUGCUGCAGUCGCCGUGGCGUUAUCAAUGCCUGCAUGCCACUUUGCCGCGGUGUUAUGCCCCUUGCACUCUCCACCAAAUCGACAGCGGCAACCGCUGCGUCGACGGCAGCGGGCAUCGGAACUCUAACAUCAACAGGCUCAUCGACGCUGGCGAGCAAUGUGCCAGAUUGUUUAUCCUACGCUGGCAACAUUCUGCAGUGCUUCGAGGAAGGCACAAAUAAUAUACCCGGACCACCAGAAGAUGUGCAUGCAACAUCCGUGACGAGCAGAAGUAUAAGUCUCGCUUGGACACCGCCCACAGUGGAAACAGCUUCAGCCUCUUCCUUCGCCACCGCGGCAACGCCUGUCGACAUGAUAACUGGCGAUGAACUGGCUGCAGCAGCCGGCAUUGUGGCUGGUGAUGUUGCGACAGCAGCCGAGACAUCGACAACGACAACAUCGAAGUCGGACUCUGCAAGUGCAACGAAUGCAGAUGAUAUUGAUUUUGUUGUGCAAUAUGGACGAGUGAAUAAUAUGACAAUGUACGAAACCAUCGCCAAGCUGGAGAAUGAAUUGACCACCAACGAGACCAGCAUCGAUUUGACCAAUUUGGAUGAGAAUACCUUAUACCGCAUUACGGUUGUGGCACGUGGAAAAUUUGGCACAUCGCUGCCAGCAUCAAUGCUGCUGCUCAACACAUCGAGUGUUGCUAGCGAAAAUGUGCAACAUUCAAAUGACACCUGGGGAGCACCGUCGCCGCCUCAUUCGCUGACCGUGCUAACACACAGUGCCACCUGGAUGCAGUUGACAUGGCAGCCACCAGAGUAUUCGCAUCCACACGAGCGCAUUACCUACAGGGUCUAUCACAAGAUGAUGAAAACUGACGGCUUCACCAAGAUUGAAACAAAGCUGGCUUGGUUGCGACUCAUCAAUCUGAAGCCCAGUUCGCAGCAUGUGCUCUAUGUCGAGGCGGUGGGAGAACGUGCCUCCUCGUUGCCCUCAGAGACGCUAGUCGCAUGGACGGAUCCCGCUUUGCCUGCCUUUGUCGAUCCACCGACUGUGCAUCCGGCGGACAACAUACCCGAAGGCGGCUCAAUGACCAUUCUCUGCUUGGCUCUGGGCAAUCCAGCGCCAACCAUUUCGCUGUACGUGGGCGGCCACCUGGUGCGUCAGGACACCUCGCGGCACAUGGUGACGGUCAUACACAAUGUAUCGGCAGACAUGGAGCAUGUCUCGUGUUACGCGGACAAUGGCUACGGUGUGCCCAUGCAGGCAACCAGACGCGUCAACAUCUGCUAUCCACCCAAGAUACAAGCAGCCGGAAUUACAGUUGCCUCGGUGGGCGAUGAGGUCGAGCUGCGCUGCACUGUGGACUCGAAGCCAGCGCCCAAGACCAUCUUCUGGCGCGAUCAUGAUGGACGUGUCCCUGUGCCCCAAGGUGGCAACUAUUAUGUGUCCGUUGCUAAUGUGUCGACGAUUUAUACGAUGUCGUUGCGCAUCAGCAAGCUGCAAGCCAACGAUGUUGGCGAUUACUUUUGCCAUGCCGAGAAUCCAUUUGGUUCCUCCACGACGCCGGUCUCGGUGCGUAUACGUAAUACGCCGAGCCUGAAUCGCAAUGUGUCACAAUGUUGCGCCGAGCAGAACGUUUCGAUGGCAUGUCGCGAUGCCUGCACUUACUACGUGGACUUUGAUGCGAUUGCCAAUCGCCCCGAAUGCAUUGUGGACUUUGAUAAGUUGAUGAAGUGCGCCGCCGAUGGCUCCGACCAUCGUUCCUGCUGUGCCGAGGAGCAUGUGCCGCGCAAGUGCCUCAACUGGUGUCGCGGCGAAACGGUGCGUGCGAAGGAGAUCUGCAGUCUGCAGUAUUCGCGCACCAUCAUCGGCUGCUUUGAGAAGAAUCGUGAUCGAUUGCCGGGUCCGCCGGAGAACAUUGUGGUUAGCGUGAUGUCCGAUAAUGAGGUGAACAUUAAAUGGGACGCACCAACAAAGAAUCCAAAUGCCGUCGACGGCUAUAGAAUAUAUUACCAUGAGGCCGCCGUAGUGCCGCCAACGUCGUCGUCGCCCAGCGAAUCUUCGAUGGAGCCUGCGUCUACGUCGGAUACCAUGAAUAAUGCAACAAGUAUGGGCAACGGCAACGGCAACGGCAACAACAAUCAGAUAAUGUUGGCGGGUGUACUGGAGAUAAAACGCAUCGACGUAAAGGACACAACAAUAAGCAUUAAUGGGCUUAAGAAAGACGUGCUGUAUGAGCUUGUGGUUAAGGCUGGCAAUUCAUAUGGUGCCAGCGUACUCACUGAUCCGAUUAGAUUCACGCUGGGGGAGCAGCAUGUGACCUCGGCAACCAGCAGUUACUCCAGCGCCGUUGGCACAAUCAGUGGCAUUGUGGCGAGCAUUUUGGCCAUACUCCUGGCAGCGGCAGCCAUUGUGUUCUAUCGUCGGCAUCGUUCGCAUCACGGCAAGGCGGGCAAUGGCAAUGUCGCAUUCGAGAAUCCCACAUAUACGCGGGGUCUGGAGCAGGUGCAGUUGCCAACUGUGACAUCGGCCAUCACAACACAACAGCACCAACAGCAGCCGCAUAACAAUGGCAGCAAUCACACACAAGGCAGCAACAGCAACAGUCAGAGCCACAGUCAUAGUCACAGCAGUCACAGUCACAAUGGCAAUGGCCAUGGUGUUGCAGCCACAAUGACGACAUCCACGUCCACGGCGACAGCGACGCCCGAUACGGGGACCACAGCGAAUGGCAGUAGGCAUCAUCAGAGCAAUGGCCAUCGCAAUGGCCUCUCAGAUGCGGCGCAUCAUUUUCACAACCCGCUCAGCAACACGCAGUGCAAUGAAGUAAAUCCCUCAAUUUAUGAAGAGCUCAAGCUUGGCCAAGAAGGUGCUGGAUUUAAGAAACUUGUGCCAUAAACGAACCUUCGCCUCCUCCCCACUCCACUCCCCACUCUGAAAAGCGACAUCAAAGUUUAGCUAGUACACAUACCAGUACAUAUGUACAUACACACACACACACACACACACACAGCACAGCAAUACACAUACAUUGUGUACUGUAUACAAUCGCAAAAUGUAGACAUAGGCCGUGUAAACAGCGCGAAGCGCAACCAUAAACACACCCAAACACACACACACACUCCCAAAUACCCCUACACACACACACACACACAGUGACAUCUUUAGAGGACAUGCACUGCGAGAACACUUUGGGUAACAUUGCGUAGAAAAUGUUUGCUAAUGAUUUUUGGGUAGCGUAAAGUAAUAAAUUUGUAGUAUGUAACUGUGAUUCAACAAAAAUUAUGUAAAAUAAAUUUAAUUGGUAACGAAA